GCGUUUUCUACCCCCCCCCCUCCCUCCUCCCCUCGACUUUGUUUUGGUUUCAGAAAGCAGACACCGGACACUUCGAUUCCGUUCAGUUAUGUUUGAUAUUAAUGUUGAUUUUGAAUGAACGUAACGUAUUAAUUUUAACAGGAAGCUGGAAGUUGUGUUUUUAUUAUGGAUAAUGUGAAGCCAUCUCUUAUCGCUGACCAGGAUUCAACAGCAGCUGUAUCGGUCCCUGUGGCUGGGGAUGAUACAGUUAGAGCACGAUCUUUCCUCAGGGAGAGAUUCAUCCGUGCCAUCCUCGCAAUGAAUGGUAAAAAUGCUGAAUUCCAUAUGUAUGAAAACACCAAUGUAACUGCUGAAUUUGGUAGCUGUGAUCGUGAGUUUGUCAAUAUUUAUGUGAAGAAUCUUCAGACCCCUCUUGGUCCCAUAAGUGAUGCAUUGUUACGAACAAAUGAUAUUGAUAGAAUUCAUAUAAGCGACAUUAACCCAAGCAUUUAGUCAAUAAAUUUAUGUAAAUAUAUAAA